AAGUGAAGUUCGUGCAUACACGUUUAUAUGCAUUGUAAUAUGCAUUUAAUACUGGUGAUCGUAGCCUUAGUAACCCUUUGGGGUACUUGUGAGGGAUUGAGAGGAACUGGCCGGACUGUCAAAUUGACCCAUGCUGACCGCGCUAUGCUUAUUAACUAUCACAACGAGCUGAGACGGGAGGUGCACGCCUCAAACAUGCAGGAAUUGAGUUGGGAUAGAGAAGCUGCUCGUGCAGCCAGACGAUGGGGUCGAAUGUGCAACUAUGAUCGCCCAAGGAACGAUGGGUAUGGUGAGAAUAUAUUCUACAACAACCAUGACAUUAGAGAACCUACCAACGAAGUUACCAUGGACGCGCUUGGAGUGUGGUCGAAAGAAAAGACAACCUUCGAUGCACAAAGGAGUUGUGUACAUACCAGGUCAUGUGACUACCUUAAGAUGGUGACGGCAAAUGUUGAGAGUGUGGGAUGUGCAGUUACCACGUGUCCGGUUCUCAGGACUGGCAGGUCUCAACAGCAACGCAAUGUCAACUUGGUCGCAUGCUUCUACACACCAUUCAUAGAUGUGUCCCGAACGGAACCGUACAUGCAUGGAGCCCCUUGCACGUACUGUAGAAACGGAUACAAUUGCAGACGAGGUUUAUGCUCCCCCCCGAUAAUACCGUUGCCUAACUUGGUGAUAGAAUUUGGUGAUGAGUACGACAAUAGCAGAACGUCGACAAUGAACCACGUCAUCAAAGAAAGUGGGCCGAUAUCUCAAAAACCCGACACGCUGGAAGAGAAUAAGGUUGAUAAUCUUGUAUCUCAAACCAUCGCUGACCGACCCGUUGAUGAGAGCCUUGGGGACAAGGCGGAGCUGAGGAGAGGCAGGACAGAAACACGUACCUACCGAGGUCCUACAUCCGGGCUGUCCAGCAUUUCUCGUAGAGACAGGUUACAGGAACUGAGGUCAUCAAGGGUUAGGCGUCAGGCUACCCGCUACAGUAGUUACGACCCGUACGCCGCCGAGCGCAGACGACGUCGACAACGUCAGCGGGAAGAGGAACGACGGCGACAGUAUGAACGGAGGCGGGAACGACAAGAGCAGGAACGACGUCGACAGGAGGAGGAGCGAAAGCGACGACAACAAAAUGAAGAUUUGCGGCGACGACAAGGACAGGGUCAGGGUCCGAUAGAACUUCGAAGUGGAGCUUAUUUUCUAGCUGUUAUGACUGAAGUAGUCGGCGACGACGUAUUGAGUUUAGUGGCUGUAAAUAUUACUGAAGAUUUGACGGAGGAUGGUAGUGAGGAUACAACGGAGGAUGGUAGUGAGGAUACAACAGAGGAUGGCGGUGAGGAAUUAAUGCAGGAUGUGACCAACAACAUCACACCAUUUGAUCCGUAUGCAGAGGAGAGACGACUGCGUAAUUUAGAACGUGAACUGCAUGCAAAAAUUCUGGAAAUCCGAAAACAGCAUCUAGCAUUGACAGCACAACGUCUGCAAAGAGAACGACAACAAGAACUCAACGAGAAAGGUGAAUUGUCUGACAAUGACCAGUACUACCUUCUACAGAUACACAACAACAUUCGGACAUCGGGGAUAUCUAAACUGCAAUGGAGUAAGAGACUGGAGAAGUGGGCCAAAUAUGUUAUUCGCUGCGACAUAGAGUACCCAGGACCAGCCUUCUGUUUCACUAACUUCGGAAAGAUAGGCAUGGACCGACCUAUCUACAACAUAGUGUACGACUGGAAUGCUGAGGGCACAGACGUAACCACUGAAAGAGAAACUGGAUGUCGAACUCCGUACGACAGGUCCCUGUGUAACCACCAUCUAGUGAUGAACAACCGAGACAUACGGGAGAUGGCAUGUGCUUCUCUGAGCUGUGGUAGACAGCGUCAAGUCACCUGCAUAUACCAGUGAAAGAAUAUUACUUUAACUCCA